UACUUGUACACAACAAGCAGUCUAGCAGACGACGUCAUACAUUGCACCACUAGAACAUUCAUCACGCGGUGCGCAAAUUUUAGAACUAGUCAAAAUGUUGGAAAGGCUUGGCCUGUCUUCCCUAUUUGGCUCUGCAACAGCUGCGACUGAACCCGAAAAACCGGCCGCAACCGAGAAACCCAAGUGCAAGGCAUGUUGUGCCUGCCCUGUGACCAAAAAGGCUCGGGAUGAGUGUGUUAUCGAAAAAGGAGAAUCUGAGUGCGGGGAUUUAAUAGAAGCACAUAAAAAAUGCAUGAGGGAUUUAGGAUUCAAAAUCUAGUCAAAGCACCUAAAAUGAGCCUUUAAUCGGCUGUAUUUAUUUCUGGUAGAAAUUUAAUGGCUGUCACUUUGCGUGUCGUGGCGAUUCGGCUAAGUCUACUUAGUUUUUGUUUAAAAUGUGAUUGUAAUUAUCUUCAAAAUCCUCUUUUCUAGGAAGUUUCUUUUAAUUUUACAUUGUUUCUGUUCAUUGUGAUUGGUUGUAUUGACAGCUUAGUUUAAGAUGCAUGUUUCAGACUCUCCUUGUUUGAGAUUGAUAUUACCAGCCCGCUAUCAUUUGUGAAAAAGUAAUUACAUGUUUUUCAUCAAACCUUA